GACUGAAGCAUGUUGGCUGAUGUUGACGUUCUCUAUCGUGGGUUGUUGUUCUAGCUGACUACAAUAAGUUUUAGUUUUCGUCUGUCGUAUACGAGUUCUGUAUUAUAUAUAGAUUUUUUCCAGCAUGGGUAAGCCGAAAAAGAAAAGUGACCUGAGUCGUGCAGAGCUGAUGAUGAUGACAAUUGCAGAUGUCAUCAAGCAGUUGGUUGAGGCCCACGAGCAGGGAAAAGAUAUCAACCUUAACAAGGUCAAGACAAAGACGUCAGCCAAGUAUGGCCUCUCUGCACAGCCACGACUGGUGGACAUCAUUGCUGCAGUGCCACCUCACUAUCGACGUGCCUUGGUGCCCAAACUGAAAGCUAAACCCAUCCGCACUGCCAGUGGGAUUGCAGUUGUUGCUGUGAUGUGCAAGCCCCAUCGCUGUCCACACAUCAGUUUCACUGGCAACAUCUGUGUCUACUGCCCAGGGGGUCCGGACUCAGAUUUUGAAUAUUCCACACAGUCUUACACGGGAUAUGAGCCCACAUCAAUGAGAGCCAUCCGUGCACGGUAUGAUCCCUACCUCCAGACUAGACACCGAGUAGAGCAGCUCAAGCAGCUUGGUCACAGUGUGGAUAAAGUGGAGUUCAUUGUGAUGGGAGGCACAUUCAUGGCUCUGCCGGAGGAGUACAGGGACUAUUUUAUCCGUAACCUCCACGACGCGCUGUCAGGACACACGUCUAACACCGUCACUGAGGCUGUCAGGUAUUCUGAGCGCAGUAACACAAAAUGUGUCGGCAUCACGAUCGAGACCAGACCAGACUACUGCCUGAAGAGACACCUGAGUGACAUGUUGGCUUACGGUUGCACCAGACUAGAGAUUGGAGUACAGAGUGUCUAUGAGGAUGUAGCUCGAGAUACCAACAGGGGACACACAGUCCGGGCUGUUUGUGAAUCUUUUCAUCUGUCUAAAGAUGCUGGUUUUAAGGUGGUAGCGCACAUGAUGCCAGACCUUCCCAAUGUUGGCAUGGAAAGAGACGUGGAGCAGUUCAUAGAGUUUUUUGAGAACCCUGCGUUCAGGCCAGAUGGACUCAAACUCUACCCUACACUAGUGAUUCGAGGCACUGGACUAUAUGAGCUGUGGAAAACGGGCCGCUAUAAGAGCUACUCUCCCAGUGCCUUGGUGGAUCUGGUAGCACGGAUACUAGCACUGGUCCCACCUUGGACUCGUGUGUACCGUGUGCAGAGGGAUAUCCCAAUGCCGUUGGUGAGCUCUGGUGUAGAACAUGGAAAUCUGCGAGAACUGGCAUUGGCGAGAAUGAAAGACAUGGGCACUGAGUGUAGGGAUGUAAGAACCAGAGAAGUUGGCAUACAAGAGAUUCAUCACAAAGUUCGACCAUACCAGGUGGAGCUGAUCCGCAGAGACUAUGUGGCUAAUGAGGGCUGGGAGACCUUCCUGUCUUAUGAGGACCCUGAGCAGGACAUUCUAAUUGGUCUCCUCCGUCUUCGCCGCUGCUCACCACAGUCCUUCCGUCCGGAGUUAAAGGGUGGCGUAUCCAUUGUUCGGGAGCUCCAUGUCUAUGGGAGUGUGGUGCCUGUCAGCAGCCGGGACCCCAGCAAGUUCCAGCACCAGGGUUUUGGGAUGAUGUUGAUGGAGGAGGCGGAGAGGAUAGCCAGAGAUGAGCAUGGCUCAGGCAAACUGGCUGUUAUCUCAGGUGUUGGAACGAGGAAUUACUACAGAAAAAUGGGUUAUGAGCUGGAAGGGCCGUAUAUGGUGAAAAGCCUUUACUGAAGAUAUAAACCUGCAUUUCAAAUAAGAAAGCUAAACCAAAUUCUCUGGUGAAUAUUGAACUAAUAAGGAGCGACUGACUAUGAGGACUUGAGGUUGUGUGGUCAGCAAAAAGCAAACAAAACUGUACUUUUACAUGCCAGCCAAAUAGUGUAUUAUGUACUUAUUUUGUUAUGAACACCAUGAUUUAAGUAUUGCUUUUUAGAAAGGUACAUCAUUCUCCCUUGGUCUUCGCUCUUGUUUUAUUGAGUUCUCACUCCAAUAUACUUGCUGGUGCAUUUAACUUCUCUGGGAAAAGACUCAUUUUCAUCACAUUAUUUUUGGUUUCUACUGAAAACAUUAGGAAUAUUGGAAGAAAUUGAGGAGGUUGUUAUGAAAUUGCAAAUUUUUCUAGUGGAUUUAGGAGAGAGAAAUUAUUUGUCAUGCAAGUAGCUUGGCACAUUUUGAUUAAGCCACAGUUUUUCCUGUUCAAUACAACUCAUUUUGAAGAUGGAUUAAUUGCUGUUUUGUUUUCCUGGCUCGGCAUGAAAUGUAUUCAUCUGAUCAAUUUUGUAUUGUUAUUAAUAAAAGAUAUUUAU